AUGGACGUCCACGGAGUAGCUCCCAGCGAUCGCAUGGAUUAUAACGACCUGGAGCACAUGGAGCCCAAGCACGGGAAAGCCUUGCCGUGUCAAGACGACCGCUUCGACAGCGGCCUGGAAUCGCUGAAGGAGGACGAGCUGGUGACCGACUUGGAGCACUUGCGCGUGAGCGAGGAGCUCGUUCACGACUACGAGCCCUGGAGAGGUGUCGUGACCGACGACGGGGACACGCUUCUCCACUUGGCCAUCAUUCACGAAGCCGCCGAUCGAGCCCAACAGAUGAUCAAACUGUCCCACAAUCACCCCUUCCUGAAUGCACAGAACCACCAGAGACAGACGGCGCUGCACCUAGCCGUGAUCACGGAGCAACCUCACUUGGUGGAACAGCUCCUGAAGGCGGGCUGCGACCCGCGGCUGGCCGACGACUGCGGCAACACGGCAUUGCACAUAGCCUGCAAGAAAGGUUCCCUCGCCUGCUUCGGCGUCAUCACCCAGACAAACCAGCGCCACCUCGCCUCCAUCAUCUCCUUCCCCAACUACAGCGGACAAAACUGUCUUCACGUAGCGUCGAUUCACGGCUACAUUUCGUUAGUGGAGAAUCUAGUUGGGCUGGGCGCGGAUAUCAACGCACAGGAGCAAUGCAGCGGUAGGACGGCACUCCAUCUAGCGGUGGACGUCCAAAACCCGGCGCUGGUCCGUCGCCUCCUUGACCUCGGCGCUGACGUUAAUUGCCUCAAUUACGGCGGGUUCACGCCGUACCACCUCACCUACGGACGGCAAAACGACGACAUCCGCCGGCAGCUGUAUGAGAAGACGGCACAGGAAUUGAGGGCCUUGCCCGACAGCGAAUCAGACGAGAGCGAUAUGGAAGAUCUGGACUUGACUGAGGAUGAG